CGAUGUUUGAAAGUGAUAUGCUUGCGGUGACCAUUGAAACGACCAAAAUGAGACGGUCUUAAAAGCUCUCGAAAUGGUCCAACCAACAUUGCCUCAUGUCGACGGAGCGCCUGGGAUAGGGAAUGGUGAACCCAGGCGCCAAGAGGGCUUUGACGGGCCGCUACUGGAUCUCACUGUGCUGGGAUUAAAUAGUGGCACAUCCAUGGACGGGAUCGAUUGUGCAUUAUGUCGCUUCAAGCAGCUGGAUGCAUCAGCGCCCGUCGAGUUCGAGUUGUUACAGUACGGCGAGACGCCUUUGGACCCGAAAGUCAAGGCCCGUGUGAUGAAAAUGAUCUUGAACAACUCGACGUCGCCAGAGGAGAUUGCAGAAGUCAACAUCAUCCUGGGAGAAGCCUUUGUCAGGGCUGUGGAGGAGUUCACCACCAAACAUGGCAUCAACAAGUCUACCAUCGACGCCAUCGGAUCGCACGGCCUAACGAUAUGGCAUCUGCCUGAGCCUCGCGACGGACAAGUGAGGACGACGCUCAGUAUGGCCGAAGGCGCGAUCAUUGCUGCGCGGACCUCAAUCACCACCGUCUCCGAUUUCCGAAUCAGUGAAGUCGCAGUUGGUCGCCAGGGAGCACCGCUCGUCGCCUUCUUCGACGCCUUGCUGCUUCACCACCCCACAAAGCUGCGGGCUUGUCAGAAUAUCGGCGGGAUCGCCAACGUCUGCUUCAUCCCUGCCGACGUGCAAGGGGGUCUUGACCAAUGUUAUGACUUCGACACGGGUCCUGGGAACGUCUACAUUGAUGCGGCUGUCCGCUACUUUACCAAAGGAGCGCGGGAAUACGACAAGGACGGCGAAAUGGGUAAAAGAGGCCAGGUCGACCAGGACCUGGUGGACGAGUUCCUUCGACACCCAUACUUCGGCCGCGAGCUUCCGAAGACGACCGGCCGGGAAGAUUUUCGCGACACCUUGGCCCUGGACCUGAUUGCCAGAGGCGAGCAAAAGGGCCUCAGUCCCGACGACAUCGUCGCCACCAUCACUCGCAUCACAGCCCAAUCCAUCGUCGACCAUUACCGUCGGUUUGCGCCAUCCCAGGACAUUGACGAGAUCUUUCUCUGCGGUGGCGGGGCCAAUAAUCCAAACAUCAUCGACUUCAUUCGGGACAGCUAUCCCAAAACCAGGAUCCUGAUGCUCGAGGAGGCCGGCAUUCCUGGAGGUGCCAAAGAAGCUAUCACAUUUGCCUGGCUGGGCAUGGAAGCUGUCGUCGGCAGACCUGUCCCGGUUCCGACGCGCGUUGAAAACAGGAAGGAACAAGUUCUGGGGAAGGUGUCCCCGGGUCAAAACUACAGGAGUGUGAUGCUUAAGGGCAUGCUCUUUGGGAGGGGCAGCGGAGGAGAAGGAGGAAGAUUGCCCGCCGUCACGGAAAUGGUGAACAUCAUCCAGGGAAAGGAAUUCAGCAAUAAAUGGUGAUGGUCCGUCACCCAAAAAUAGAUAUAGAAUAAUCAAAAGAAGGUUUGCUAGAGAUAA